AUGUCUGGAGUCCUAAGUGGUGGUGUUGACGUUCAAACAACUCAAGAAAAAAAGAAAGUUAAAAGUGACCUAGAACAAUUGGAUGAUCCGGAAACUGUCGAGAAAUUCCUACGUGAUUUUCUAGAACCUGAUUUAUUAUUCUCUCAAAUUUUAAAGGAUAAAGAAGAUCCAGAUGUUAGCUCAGAGCCAACAGAUAGUCCACUAGACACACAUCUAAAAGAUGGAGGAUCAACAGAUGAAUUUAUGCUCGACUUGAGUAUUAAUGAUGUUACAACUGAUGGCACUUCAUCGGUCGAUGAAAAAAAGACCGAUCCAUUAUCAAAUGAAAAGAAGACUCAGGAUUCAAGUGUACCUCAACAAUUGUAUGAAGAAGCUAUGAAUCUUUUGGAGAAAGGAGACAUUCAGUCAUCUGCUGGCAAAAGUGCUCUGGAACUACUAAAUGAGGCCUCCAGACAGGGUUAUACAAAGGCUCAAGAACAGCUUGCUUUGCUGACAUUACUUGGAGGUCAUACGACAGAUCCUUUUCAAAAUGCUUAUUCAGCAUUCGAGCAACUAUCCAAUAGUGGAAAUCCUCGUGGUCAAUUCGGUUUGGGGUUUUUGUAUGCAUCCGGAUUACAUGUUAACGCAAGCAUUCCACAUGCCUUGAUAUAUUUUACAUUUGCUGCUCUCGGAGGCGAUAACUUUGCAGAUAUGGCACUGGUAAUUCAUUUCGUCUUAUCUAUAACAUCAUUUCUUUCCUGA